AUGGAGGAGAGAAGGCGUGUGGGCUACUGUGUUCACAGAGAGGUGCUGGAUGAGGGAAAAGUGGACCAGUUGGCUGAGAAAUCAGAUGUUAGAGUCCCUUUCUCUGAAAAAAUCAGAGAGUCAUUGAGGUGUUCUGGCCCCAAGCUGAAGAGUUGUAUGUUGUCUUCUGUUCCUGUCCUCUCCUGGCUGCCUCGCUACUCCCUCAGAGACAACGCCAUCGGAGACCUGAUCUCAGGCAUCAGUGUGGGCAUCAUGCACCUACCACAAGGGAUGGCCUAUGCUCUGCUAGCAGCAGUGCCACCAGUGUUUGGUCUCUACUCUUCCUUUUACCCCAUCCUCAUCUACUUCAUCUUUGGGUCGUCCAAACACAUCUCUGUGGGUACAUAUGCAGUGAUGAGUGUGAUGAUCGGCGGAGUGACAGAGCGCUUGGCCCCAGACACUAACUUCAUGAUGUAUGAUAACGCCACCAAUCAGAGUAUGGUGAAUGUUUUGGCUCGAGACACAGAGCGGGUGAAAGUGGCUGCUGCCGUUACUUUCUUGUCCGGCCUCUUCCAGAUGCUCCUGGGCCUGGUUAAGUUUGGCUUUGUGGUGACCUACCUGUCUGAGCCCCUGGUCAGAGGGUACACCACCGGAGCAGCCAUCCACGUCAUCGUCUCUCAGCUCAAGUACACCUUUGGCAUCAGUCCAAAACGCCACAGCGGACCCUUUGCCCUGAUCUUUACGGUGAUAGAGGUGUGCUAUCUGGUGCCAGAAACCAACAUAGGCACUCUUGUGGUGAGCCUGGUGUCCAUCAUUGGCCUCGUCCUGGUCAAGGAGCUCAACACCUACCUGGGCAAAAAGCUGCCAGUACCCAUCCCUGUAGAGCUGCUAGGGAUCAUCAUCGCCACGGUGGUCUCCUGGCAGGUCAACCUGGAGGGGAAGUAUGGAGUGGAAGUGGUGGGAGAGAUCCCCUCUGGUCUACAGCCUCCUGUCAUGCCUACAGCUUCUCUAUUUGGGCAGGUGAUAGGUGAUGCCUUCGCUCUGUCUGUGGUUGGCUACGGCAUUGCCAUCUCCCUCGGACGGAUCUUUGCCCUAAAAUAUGGCUACAAAGUUGACAGCAACCAGGAAUUGAUAGCCCUGGGUCUCAGCAACACCAUUGGAGGGGUGUUUCAGUGCUUUGCAAUCAGUUGCUCCAUGUCCCGCACCAUGGUACAGGAAAGCACUGGGGGCAAGACUCAGGUGGCGAGUGCUCUUUCAGCCAUGGUGAUUCUGGUCAUCAUGCUGUGGAUUGGGGCUCUCUUUGAAGAGCUGCCAAAGGCCGUGUUGGCAGCCAUAAUCUAUGUGAACCUGCAAGGGAUGAUGAAGCAGUUCAUGGACAUCCCAACUCUGUGGAAGAGCAAUAAAGUGGAUAUGCUGGUGUGGGUGGCCACUCUGAUCCUGACCGUGCUCUUCAACCCUGACAUUGGCCUGGCAGCCUCCAUUGCCUUCUCCAUGCUCACGGUGAUUUUCAGGACCCAACUGCCGAAGUACUCCCUCUUAGGGCAAGUCCCUGAGACCGACAUCUACAGACCAGUGGAGAACUAUAAUCAGGUGAAUGAGAUCCCUGGUGUGGUGAUCUUCCGCUCCUCUGCGACUCUCUACUUUGCCAACGCAGAGAUGUACCAAGACGCCCUGGCAGAGAAGAGUGGGAUUGACAUCACCAAGCUCAUCACCCAAAAGAAGAAAGCAGAGGCCAAGAGACUGAGGAAGGAAAAGAAAGAGGCCAGGAAAGCCAAGAAGGACGCAAAGAAGAAUGCACAGGAAUGGGAAGGCGAGCUAGACAGUUCGGAGAACGAGGUGGAGAAGGGUGUGGCCACAGUGGAGGAAGGGAGUAAACCUGACUCCACCCUUCCUCGUGCCAUCAUCCUGGAACUGAGUCCAGUCAACUUCCUGGAUACUGUGGGCGUCAAGACUCUACGCAAUAUCCAAAGAGACUACGGUGAUAUCGGUGUAGAGGUGGUCCUGUGUGGAUGUCAGACUGGUGUUAUUGAGAACCUGGAGAGUGGAGGGUUCUUCAGUGAGAAAGUCAGCAAAGCAUGUCUCUUCUCCUCAAUCCACGAUGCAGUGCUUCACUGUCAGACAGACAGGGCCAAGAUGAACAAAGAUGACGAGGAAAUGCAAGCGACUCAUUUCUGAAUACUGAGGGUAAUGGAGGCAUCUUACUGUAUGGGACUUGGGUACUUAUUAAAAAGUUCAGAAUACUUGACAUUCAUAUUAUGUCCACAUAUUUUUUGACACAGAAAGAAAGAAUGUAUCAAAACGAGACCCAGAUAGAAACACUUCAACGAGACACAAACCUUGACAACCCCAGACGAAUGUUAGCCUUGUACUCCAUGCAAUGUACCAAGGAUGUACAUUGAAACAGAAUAGUAUUAUUCUAUGAUCUUCCUACAAGCAAAUAGAUACACCUUUGGGGAAACUUUUAUAUUGAAAGAUAUUUACAUUUUCUGUGCUAAAUAAACUAUUGUAUAUUUAUUGUUGAAAUUGUUAACAAAUAAAAAGAAUACAUCUAAAAA